UACAAAAAUAAAAGGAUCAAAAUGUUGCCGGCCGUUCAGGAGAAGCUGAGCGAUAUCUUUAUAUAUCUUGAGGUGAGACAGCGCUGGGUGCUCUGCUGCUUCACCUUCUUAGCCAUCAUCAAUACGUACACCAUGCGACUGUGUCUGGACUUUUCGCUAAACAGGAUCGUCUUGGAAUGCGGUGGUUAUAAGGUCGACCAGAUCUCCAACGUACCACAAGUGCUUAACCCAAAGGCAUUGCCCAACUGGCGUUUGGAACUGGCCAUGAGACUAAAUCAGACGGAACAUCAUUUAAGGAGCAGGUUGAAAGCAGGCAAGGAGCAGCAGAAUCCGGAGCAGAAUAAGGGCUAUAGGAAGCCACGGAAGAGCAGGGAGACUAUCAUAAAUCGUCCUGUGCAUCAGGGUUCUCAAGAAAGGAUCAGCUGCUCCGAGAUGUGGUCUCGUCAAACCCAAUCCCUUGUGGUAAUGGCCUUUUAUGUCGGCUAUAUGAUCACCCACAUCCCGGGCGGACGACUGGCGGAGCGAUAUGGCGGAAAAUGGGUCCUCGGAUCGGCUAUUCUUACGUCGGCGGUGUUGACACUCCUUACCCCCGCUGCAGUGCGUCGGGGCGGUCCGUAUGUUCUAGUCGGCGUCCGUCUGCUGGUCGGCCUUUGUGAGGGUCCUUGCUUUCCGGCCGUCUGUGCUCUCCUGGCUCAAUGGGUUCCAGAACAGGAGCGCGGAUUGCUGGCCAGCUGCGUUCUCAGUGGCGGCGAGAUCGGGAUCACGAUGGUCCAGUUAGUCAGCGGAUUGGUUAUGGCAGAGCAAGACUGGCCGGUUGUCUUCUAUCUGGUUGGAGGAGGCGCUGUGGCCUGGUUCUUGGGAUUUACCAUCGUUUGCUAUAGUACUCCAGAUCACUGCCCAUUUAUCCAGAGCGUAGAGCGGGAUUAUAUUAAGUGCAACACUAGCGCCUCCCUCCUGUUGACUAGCAGAGAAAGAGUGUUUAGGGAACGGCCAGAUGGAGAAGACGCUGAUGAAGAGGAGUUCCGCAGAGAAGUAGAAGCUGCCGAGAUCGCGUCUUCCAGCGCAGCCCCUUGGAGAAGCAUGCUGACCAGCACACCGCUAUGGGCACUUGUUUGCGCCUCCAUGCAGCAAGAACUCCAACAAAAAUUGCCCCAGGAGCUGCAAAUUGUGCUGGACGAAUUAAAGUCCCGUGGAAGCAGUUUGUCGGACGAACUCUCCACCGCCAUCGAGCUGAUAGCUCCAUACGUAGGCAACUGGGUAGCUUCGUUAGCCACAGGACGCCUGAGCGACGUGCUAAUCGAACAGGAGAUCCUCACUCGCACGCAGACGCGCCGGCUCAUGUCAUGGCUAGUCUUCAUAUGCGGAUCCAUGUAUAUGCUGCAGAUCAAGGUAAACGGGGCACGGAUAUGGAGCGUUCUGGCCAUGGGUGCCUAUUAUGCGAGCAUAAAGCUAUUGCCGCUGGAUAUGAGUCCGAACUAUGCCGGCACUUUGAUGGGAAUCUCGGGCGGAAUGGGCGCCCUGCCCGCACUUUUGAUGCCAUACCUGGAGCAACUGGAGGCGGAUUACAGCCUGGUCAGCAGUGUGAGGGCCGCGAUGUGGGUAAUCGGUGCCAGCUACAUUUCCGGAGAUGUCCAGGAGUUCAACCAACCAGAACCGGAGCCACAUUGAGGACACUCGCUUGUUA